UCGCAGGCCGAUGACGCGCCGCGGCAGGCGGAGGAGCCGCCACUUCCUGGAGGCGCCGGCCGGGGCCGCCCUCAGCACUUAGCGCUGGAGCCGGGAUCCCGCGGCCGCCGCCAUGUCCCAUCAGACCGGCAUCCAAGCAAGUGAAGAUGUUAAAGAUAUCUUUGCCAGAGCAAGAAAUGGAAAAUACAGACUUCUAAAAAUAUCUAUUGAAAAUGAGAAACUUGUGAUUGGAUCAUGUAGUCAGCCUUCAGAUUCCUGGGAUAAGGAUUAUGAGUCCUUUGUUUUACCCCUACUGGAGGACAAACAACCAUGCUACAUAUUAUUCAGGUUAGAUUCUCAGAAUGCCCAGGGGUAUGAAUGGAUAUUCAUUGCCUGGUCUCCAGAUCAUUCUCAUGUUCGUCAAAAAAUGUUGUAUGCGGCAACAAGAGCAACUCUGAAAAAGGAAUUUGGAGGUGGCCACAUUAAAGAUGAAGUAUUUGGAACAGUAAAGGAAGAUGUAUCAUUACAUGGUUAUAAAAAAUACUUGGUGUCACAAUCUUCUCCUGCCCCAUUGACUGCAGCUGAGGAAGAAUUACGGCAGAUUAAAAUUAAUGAGGUACAAACUGACGUGGGUGUGGACACUAAGCAUCAAACACUACAAGGAGUAGCAUUUCCCAUUUCUCGAGAAGCUUUUCAGGCUUUGGAACAGUUAAGUAACAGACAGCUCAACUAUGUGCAAUUGGAAAUAGAUAUAAAAAAUGAAAUUAUAAUUUUGGCCAACACAACAAAUACAGAACUAAAAGAUUUGCCAAAGAGGAUUCCCAAGGAUUCAGCACGUUACCAUUUCUUCCUGUAUAAACAUUCCCAUGAAGGAGACUAUUUGGAGUCCAUAGUUUUUAUUUAUUCAAUGCCUGGAUACACAUGCAGUAUAAGAGAACGGAUGCUGUAUUCUAGCUGCAAGAGCCCUCUGCUAGAAAUUGUAGAAAGACAACUACAAAUGGAUGUCAUUAGAAAGAUUGAGAUAGACAACGGGGAUGAGUUGACAGCAGACUUCCUUUAUGAAGAAGUACACCCAAAGCAGCAUGCACAUAAGCAAAGUUUUGCAAAACCAAAAGGUCCUGCAGGAAAAAGAGGAAUUCGAAGACUUAUUAGGGGUCCAGCUGAAAGUGAAGCCACUGCUGAUUAAAAUCAUAUAUUAAGCAUUACAAUACUAGUUUUUUUAAAAGUCCAGCUUUUAGUACAGGAACUGAAAUCAUUCCAUGUUGAUACAUAGUAGGGAAAAAAUUGUACUUUUUGAAAAAUAGCACUUUUCACUUCUGUGUGUUUUUAAAAUUAAGGUUAUAGAAGACUCAUGAUCUCUAUUUUUGAGUUAAUGCUAGAAAAGGGUUCGACAUAGUGAUGUUUAAUUUUGUCACACUGUUUUCACAGAGUAAUAAUGAUUCCAUACUUUCACACACUUCUUAAAAUUUUAUACAGUUGGGCCAAUUCCAGAAAGUCUAAUGUCUCAAAGUAAGAUACACUCCUUACUACUCUUUAGUGAGACAUCAAGUUUUUUUCUUGAAGGGAGAAAGACCUUAAAAUAUUCAUACUACUUAAUGAAUAUGUUAAGGACCAGGUUAGAUUAUUUUCUCAGCUUAGAACUUAGUGUGCCUAGGUAAAGGUGAAAAGUUGCUGACUCUGAGAAGCAGGGCUUAGCUCUCAGAUGAUGGGAUCAUGUCUGCAACUUUUAGAAACAGUGCUUUAUUGCAGCAGUCUUUUCUAGUUGACUUUUUUGGUUUUUUUAAAUGGCAUUAAAAUUUCAGAAGAUCAGUUCAUUCUGAAACCUUAAAGGUACCAGAUAUUUUCUAUACUGCAGGAUUUCUGAUGACGUUGAAAGACAUAUUAAACAGCUUUAGUAAAUUC